AUGCCCAUCGUGUCUGCACCGCCCAUUGCGCCAAUUGAAGCCGACAUAUUUGACGAUGACGAAGAGGGCUGGCAGGACAUGCCCGUAGUACGAGAUGACGAUGACAUCGCCGGAGGACUGGACGAGGAGGAUCAGAAGAAGUACCACUAUGUCGCUCCUACCAAGACGGCCUCGACGUCUGGCGCUGGGCAGAGUAACGCCACUGGAGCAGUGCUGGAUGUCGACUACAAGGGGCACGAGUGGCGGACGAAAGCGGAGCAGGACGAGAACGAGUACACUCGCAUCCGAAUCAAUGAGGAGGACGAGUCGGACGAGGUGCACCUGCGCACGCGGUACCUCUUCGACGAGGAUAAGGCUAUGACUCCUCUCAGCCAAAUGCAGCAGACGAAGGACAUGCUCACGGAGGCGCAGCGUAUAGCCUAUGUCGGCCUCUGUCAACUUACGACUAAGGAGAUGGUGGACAGGAUGAAGAAUGUCAAGCGGAAGGAGCUCAAGAAGGCGAUACAGAACAUGGAGCUGUGGGCACUAAAGAUCAUGGGCCGAUUGUACUAUCAUAUGGAACUCGCAACUGAAGAGCAGAAGAUGAUCGAGAGCCUCGGACAGCAUGGAAUCGAAGCCAAAGAUCUUGUACCACCCCUCAUGACCACCCAUACCGUUGCCAAUCCCGAGUACGAUCCUGUAGAGGCUCGCCGGCUGGCUGAGCUCCGUGCGGAGGACGCCGCCAAGGAAUCUGCAGACAUCUCAGAUAGCAGCUCUACGCCUCCUGCCUCCCCGCCCCCUGCGUACCGCUCCCUUCCUCCCCCUGUUCCACCGAAACCUCAGCAGACUACAACCAAAGUCCUAGAGGGCACAGCGGCCCCCGCGAUGCCAGGUGUUAGUACACAACUCUCCGCCGCCGACAAGGAUGUGACGUUGGACAUCCGAUGGACUGUUCUGUGUGACCUCUUCCUCAUCCUAAUUGCUGACAGCGUAUACGAUGCGCGGUCGCGUGUACUCCUUGAGAGCGUGGCGUUGAAGCUUGGGCUUGGCUGGCUGGACGUGGUCAAAUUCGAGCGUCGAGUGACAGAGGCUUUGGAGAUUCAGGAGGGCAUCGAGAAGCUGGAGCAGCAGGAGUCUAUUCAGGACGUUCAGAAGAACUCCAAGAAGCGUCGUUACAUGAUGCUCGGAUUGGCGACACUAGGUGGUGGACUUGUGAUCGGUCUGUCAGCAGGCCUUCUUGCUCCCGUUAUCGGAGCAGGUCUCGGUGCCGCAUUCACGACGAUCGGAAUCACUGGGACGACAGGUUUUCUGGCCGGAACCGGUGGGGCAGCCGUAAUCACGACAGGAGGCGUCUUGACAGGGUCCAGUAUCGCUGCUCGGGGCAUGGCGCGCAGGACGCAAUACGUCCGCACGUUCGACAUCCUGCCCUUGCAUAAUCACAAGAGGGUAAAUUGCAUUCUCACUGUAUCCGGGUUCAUGACUGGCCAUCUCGAUGACGUCCGUCUGCCAUUUAGCGUCUUAGACCCGGUAGUCGGAGAUGUCUUCAGCGUCCUCUGGGAGCCGGAGAUGAUCACAGAGACUGGAAGCGCGCUCAAGAUCUUGACGAGCGAAGUGCUCACGCAGCUAGCUCAGACAGCCCUUCAGGCGACUGUGAUGACUGCGCUCAUGAGUGCCCUUCAAUGGCCAAUUAUUCUCACCAAGCUCGGCUAUCUGAUCGAUAACCCCUGGUCCAACGCCCUCGAUCGCGCGAGGUCAGCAGGCAGCGUCCUAGCAGACGUCCUUAUGCAAAGACACCUCGGAGUUCGCCCCAUCACCCUCAUCGGAUUCUCCUUGGGCGCCCGGGUAAUCUUCUACGCGCUCGUUGAACUCGCGAAGAAGGGCGCCUAUGGAAUCGUGCAGGACGUCUUCCUACUAGGCGCAACCGUGACGGCACCGCUCAGCACCUGGCUUGAGGUCCGCUCGGUGGUGUCCGGGCGCUUUGUGAACGGGUACGCACGGAAUGACUGGGUAUUGAAUUACUUGUUCCGCGCCACUAGCGGCGGCCUGAACACAGUUGCGGGGCUGCGUCCUGUGCAGAACGUUCCGGGGCUCGAAAAUGUGGAUGUGACGGACAAGAUCGCAGGUCACAUGAGCUAUCGGACGUUCAUGCCGCUCAUUCUCGAUCAACUCGGCUUCCCCGUUUCGGCGGACUACUUCGACGAGCCCGAGGAGCCCGAUUUCGAAGGGGAUCGUGUGGUCAUCAGGGAAGGCGAGCAGCAGGAGAAGAAGGGUUGGUUUGGGCGGAGGAAGAAGAAGUCGUCAAGUUCAUCUCAUUGCGUUUCGCGUCCACCUUCCGCCGCGACUUUUGGUCUUCCGAAGAAAAGGGCCUCUCAGGAAUCCAAUGCCCUUGAUGACGAUGAAUUACCUCCUCGAGAGGGCGCCUCAACACCGACGCCAGCACUCGGCCCAUCACAUUCACCAAAAUCCCCAUCGACUCCUGACAAUGGCGAUGUCGGGAUUUCGGAUAUCCCUGCGCACGCCGGCUUCGACUUUGCCGCAAUCAAGGAGGUCCUGGGCAAGUCGGACCCGAAUCCGAAGGAGCUCAAUGUCCCUCAAGCUGGCCCCUUUCCUCCAUCAAGUAUUCCGCCUCCUACGAAACGGACGGAGUCGGCGCCGCCUCCCAUACCAGAGCCCCCAUCAACCCCCACACCGAAGACAAGAGCAUCGGCUGGUCUUCUCCCGAUCCCGCACGAGAGAGAACCCAUAGCGGGACCUAGCACUAUUCCCCGCACUGACCUGUCUUCCACGCUUUCGAGGUCACUCUCGCUCAACGAUGUGUCAGACGCGGAAGAAGCAGACAUGACAUCAUACGGCUCUGCCACAUCUUCGUCACGACGACCUGCAGUAGCUUUCGGGGGCGGUGACGGGUCAUUUUGGCCAACUCAGGAUCCCGAACCGAUCUCAGCAGCAUACGGGGGAGUUGGAGGUUAUCAGAUGCCCUCUAGUUUGGGGGCGAUGCGCUCGACGGACCUGUUGUCCAAUCCUUUCGCCAGCGCAGGGUCAGGCGGACUCCGCGCAGACGGCCUACCAGCUCCGCCGGAUCAUUCAUUCGCCACUGCCUCCGCAUCUGGCUUGUCGUUUGGUAGUGUCGAUGGGUCGAUCACAUUCUCAUCUGUGUCGUCGCCGCCGUUGCACGCGAGCGGCGAUCCGUGGGCCAAUGGUAAUCCAUACGGAAGCGGAAAGAAGACGGCUUCGAGCACUCUUGACCUGAAUCCUUGGCAGAGUUGA